AUGCAGGAGGACGAGGACGCCCUCCGGCAGCGAGCGAUCCAGCGCAUCUCAGACGAGCCCGUCAGCCCUGGCUGGUCGACGGACGGCACUAAUCGUAAGAACCCCUUCAAUGUGCUCGGCGUCAGCUCUGGGCUCGAGCUGAAGGCGAUACGGAAGGAGUACCUUUCGCUUUCGAAGCUCCUGCACCCGGACAAGACCUCCGAGCCGGGGGCGGCCGAGGCACAGAAGGAGAUCUCGACCGCUUUUGAAAUGCUCAAGCAAAAUGCGGGGAAGGGCACGAUCAAGCCGACCCCGGACGAGAUUCUGCAGUUUGCGCGCCUAGUCGCGGCGGGUCCGUACAAUGCCUUUGUCAUUAUCGGCGGUUGGUCACUCAAGGGGGAUAAUCUCAAGGGCAAGGACCACCUCCUCAUCAAGUUGACCCAAGAGAGGGAGUUCAGCUCAAUGACGCUCGAGGCCUUCCGCGAGUUGCUGCUGGGCGGCGGAGCGCGCGGCGGCCAAGUCUUCGUGCGCUGCCGGCGCUGGUGA